CUUCUUUCGUCUGUUCCCAGCGAUGUACGCAAAACGGAUUAUAAUUUAUCUCGAAGAGUAAUUUGCCACAGAAAGGCUGUCUAUUAAGGUUCAGUCUCCCAUGCUAGUCAGUUUAGCUAACUUCAGUGGUGGAAGACUGAUAAGCGUCGCAAAAAACUUUUCAUGCAAGGGGGAACUUGUAUAAACCCAAACACUAUGGAAUGAAAUCUGGCGGAAAAUAAGGGUGAACUAUGCAACAGAUGACAUGAUCGACUACUCCAUGGCUUCCAAAGAAGAAUUCACAAUAAGAGACAUGUGUCUACACACAAUGUGGUUGUGUAAAACAUCACCUUGUCUCGAUGUGGCCAGUGUUAUUCCUGUGGCUCCUUUCAGUUGCUGUUACGGAAUGAGUUGAUUCUGUUUUAACAUAGACUCUAAUCCUGUGGAUGCUCCACAGUGGCCCAGUUUCACAAUUUUAUCUUUUUUAUGUAAAUACAGUUUUAUUCUUAUUUUUUAACUGGCUCAUCAUUUUUAUUUUUAUUUACUUUUACUUGACCCGCCCAUAUUUGAAUUUGGGAACUGUCUUCUCGCCACCAUCCACAGCCCCUUCCUCCCACCCAGUGCCUAGAUAAGUUAUUCUUGGGACAAUCACAGAAGUUCAUCAUCAGCUGUUGCACUCUUUUGCCUCUUGUGUUGUUGUGCUUCUGUUGGCUAUUUAUUCACUACCUCCCUACAAGUUUGUUUUAUUUGAAUUUGUAACACGACCACAGGUUUUGCCAUGGAUAGAGAACAAUUAUCUAUUCUUUUGUGUUCCAGUGCAGUAGUUUGAUGGUUGCACUUGAUGCCAGUAAACAGCCAUUUUUGUUAAAUUUAUUGCUGCACCAAAUAGUUACAUUAAGCCAUACAACAAAAAAUAUACCACAUACACGUAUUUUUGUAUCACCCCCGGUAAAAAUAUGAUCCAGUGUUUAAAAAUUGCUGCAAAUUAUAUAGCAUUAUGAUUUUAAAAUAUAUCUAUUUUUAAAAUAUAUUAUUUGCAUUGUUUUGCCAUGAUGACUUGUCAUCACACAGACUGUAAUAAUCAUUUUGAGCAGUGAAGUUCACCUUCACUCCAGGUAGACGUUAGAUUUCUACCUUUGCUUCUUCCCAUCUUUGCCUCCAUCUCUGAUGCCAGGCUUCAGUGGUGGGGGUAUUGGGGGAGGGGUCGGAGGUCCUGCUUCAGCUCCUCCCCGUCCAUUUCGUCCCAGCCGAUAUGUUCCCGUUUCGGCUGCCACGUUAUUCCUUGUUGGGUCCACCACUCUCUUUUUCUGUUUUACGUGUCCAUGGUUAUCGGAACACAUAUCUUCUGUUGUUCCCAUAUAUGUUGCUGUAAUGUUUCUUUUCACCCUUGCAAACUUCUGCAUGGCCACUUUUAUGGAUCCUGGCAUUUUCCCCAGAGCGGAAGAAGAUGAGGAUAAAGAGGAUGACUUCCGAGCACCGCUCUAUAAGACUGUAGAGAUAAAGGGCAUUCAGGUUCGCAUGAAAUGGUGUUCAACUUGCCGCUUUUAUCGUCCUCCAAGGUGUUCACACUGUUCAGUGUGUGACAACUGUGUUGAGGAUUUUGAUCACCACUGUCCUUGGGUUAACAACUGCAUUGGGCGACGAAACUAUAGAUAUUUUUUUCUAUUUUUGCUUUCACUUACUACACAUAUCAUAGAUGUUUUUUGCUUUGGGUUGGUUUACAUUUUACAUCAUCGCCAUGAGCUGUAUACACCACAUUCAGCUGUCACUAUGGCUGUGAUGUGUGUAGCUGGAUUAUUUUUUGUGCCAGUCGCAGGCUUGACUGGAUUCCAUAUUGUUCUGGUGGCUCGUGGGAGAACUACAAAUGAACAGGUGACUGGAAAGUUUCGAGGAGGCGUUAAUCCUUUUACGAAUGGAUGUGUGAGAAACAUUACCUAUGUUCUCUGCAGAUCUCAAGCUCCAAGAUAUUUGGGUCGCUGGCAUAGUCCUCAAGAACUGGAAAUACAACCUCCUUUUCUUAGGCCAUCUCUUACUGAAGCCCAACUAGAGGCAAAAGUCCUGGACAAUGGCAUACAGAAUGACAGGCAUAGUUCCCGGUCUAAAAGUAGUUUAGAUCCCAUAGAAAGUCAGUCAGCAGAUGCCGAACCUCCACCUCCACCAAAACCUGAUUUUCGGUACCCUGGCCUUCCCCGUGCUGACACAGAGGAGAGUAGUUUGUUGACAGAAGCGCCUCCCACUCCUUCAAUGUUCAAGUAUAGACCUGCAUGCAACAGCCCAGGGAGGAAUCACAAUACUCAGCACAACAAGAUAAUUCGUGGUGAAAGUAUGGACUCUCCUUCCACAACUAUCCUCCAGUCCAGUCGUCAUCCAAGCUACCGCUCUGAGCCAAGCAGCCUGGAUGGGGCUACAGUGGUGGGGGGAGGUGCAGGUGUGCGCAGAGGGGGAGGGGACAGAGGUGAGGGUCCUGGGAGCUCUGGCGUCCCUGCUGGUGGGGUGUCUGGCUACUCCCUGACUGGGCGCUCCUACACCUCCUACCCAUCGUCUCUGGUCCUGUCCACUGGCUCUCACUCCUCCAGUAUACGCUCUGCUCACACAGCGCACAACCCUCUAGCCACACUUCAGUCAGAAGGCACCACAGACACCAGCUACAAAAGCCUGGCCAAUCAGACUCCUCGGAACGGCAGCCUAUCCUACGACAGCCUCCUGACCCCUUCUGAGAGCCCGGAGUUUGAGUCUGCUGCUCACGAGCUGUCGCCACAGAAACCUCAUGCUCCAUUUCAUUUGACUGGGGUCACACUCAGAGGCCAGCCUGAGAUGGUGUCCCCUGGAAGCCCUCUGCAGGGCUACACGUCACCUUUCCUCUCAGCUCAAAUAGCCCAGCAGAGGGAAGGCCAGCUGCUCCAGGGCUCUGCCACUUUCUCCUCCCCCCACAGGGCUUACCUGCGUGCGGUCAGCCCCACCCCUCCCUCCUCCUCUGGGCUUCCAGAAGCCCACCCACUAAUGCAUCGUCACCAGGACUCUCGAGCCCUCCGUACGCCUUCCACCUCUUCUUCUUCGCCAGGGGUUCGUUCAUUAGAUCCUCCUGUAUCUCCACCGCCGCGCAGCCUCUCCCUCACCAAGUCCCAGCCCUCUAGUAGCGAGGCUGGGCAUCAUCAGCCCAAGCCUCGUCACACAGGGGGCACUGCAGGAGGACACCAAGCUCCACUCUCGCGUUCGGUCAUGACCAAUCACACCUCAUCUAAGCCUGGAGUGAAGAAGGUCACAGGCGUUGGAGGGACCACCUAUGAGAUAUCAGUUUAGAUCUGACGGUUUAAACUGUUCAUCUGCUUUGUACUGAGCUGGAUAUUAUUCAUUUGGUGAGUGCCUCAGAAGGACUGUUUUCCACUGGUGCGUCUGGUACUGACUGUAAUGCAGUAUUUGUGAUAUCACUUGUCAUGAUGCCAGUUGUUCCAAGAAUUUGAACGAAGGACCUUUAUCACAGCAAGAUGUUUUGGAACCACUGACUGAUGUUCACAGUGGUUUGAUCCACACAGGAGUUUAUGCAGUACAUUAGCUGAGGAUGGCCUUUAAUAAGUGGAUGUAAAGAAAACAUCAAAAGAAAACAAAUGGAAAUCUUUAGAAGAUGAUGACUGUUGACCAAUCACCACCACAAUCUUUUCCAGUAACUGUCAUUUUUUUCUGUGUGAGUGAAUGGACCACAAAGCAUUUAUUUCUGUAAAGGAUCAAAGAGUCCAGCUAUCACAUCAUCAUUAUUUAGUUUUGUAAUUGUUUUUAAUAGUAUUUUUUACAUGUAUGACAUCUGCUUCUUGGGACAGAAAGUGUGUUAUGACGUUUAAAGAAUGACAUCUUGUGUAAGAUAGAAAGUGAUUUAUAAUCAAUUGCCUGUAAAAUAAUGAUGGCUGCAUCAGCCCAGUUUUGCUGGUAUUCAUGUUAUGGUGAUCUUUUGAAUUUUUAUUGUGGAAAUAGAGACUAGUUUUUAUAACCACAAAGAAAUUUAAAUUUUAGCACAAGCAACUUAUGGAAUGUAUGUUUGUGAUGCUGACGCUAGAGACAUUAUGCAAAAUGAAUUUGAAGCUUUAAAAUCAUUGUUAUUUGUUGAUCCCAACACUAGCUGCAGUUUUUGUAAGGCCAGCCAAAAAUGGUAGUAAGGGUAAUGUCUUAUUUAUUUUGAAAAAUAAUUAAAUUGUUUAUAAUACUGGACCUAAUUUUAUUUUAGUUAAAUUAUUAUUUCAAGAAGAUUUGAUAAUAUUUUAAAUUUAUAGAAGUUAAAUCAAAGUCACUCUUUUCCAUUAGUAGGAACUGGCCAUUUUGCUUUACAUAGUUGAAAUAAUCUGUACUUUUAUGUUUCCUUAUGCUUUUUGAUGUACCAUUUUCCUAUUAAUAGUUUGAUUGCCUAAUUCUUUGGUUGUUUUCAUGUUCUAAUAGGUACAGUUAUUUUCUACACUGGUAAUGCUUUAAAAUGAAUAUAGGGUUGGUGAGGCUUAGAGCUGGGCAUUAUUUAUUGUUUUAUUUGCCCACUACAGUGUUCGCAGUAGAAUGUAAAAGCUAGCUAUUAGCAGCACAAGUCCAGGGAGAGGAAAACCUUGAAGCACCUACGUAUCUUUUAUGCCAAUUAACUGUGUUUUAGGUCUUUGAUCUCCCCUGGCUUCAUAGGUUUCAUGAGCAUGUAACUUUUCUUUGUUCUGAAUGCAUAGUGGUAAGAAUAUUGUCGGAUGCCCAUUUGUUCUUGUAUGGGUGGACCCUUCACUAAAGGCACAAGAAGCCAUUGUGUGGAAAUAAAACAAAACCUGUGUUAUUCUUGUAUGAAAAAACAUUGAUAUUGCAAUUGUACGCUGUGAUGACUGUGUUCCACAAAUGUGUAACAAAUACAUUUCCAAAAUGGCCUUAUGAAUUUUUUUAAAUGAUGUCUCAAAAUAAAAAGGUCACAAUGAUAAUAACGGGU